AUGCAAGACGACAGUUUAGAAUCCUCAACUUCAAUAACUCAGCUUCUGAGAGAAAGUUACUUAGCUGAAACUAAACAUCAAGGGAAGAGUGAAAGAAGCAGAUCAGAAACAGCUCCUCACAACUUCCACUAUGGCAACGCUUCCGGUGAUCUAGAUGAGGUAGCUGCCCAAGAUGACCUUCCAGAUCUCUCUGCCUUUUUGAGCCAAGAAGAACUAAAUGAAAGUGUAAACCUUGCAAGACAAGCUAUUGAUCAGAAUCCACUGGAAACUAAGCAGGAUGAGCUUCAGGCACAUUCACAGCAUCCCCCAGAUCUGCUGAAAAACACAGGAAAACACAAACAAAUGGCCCAUUCUCCAACUUUGAAAACAGCAGACAAUGGCCUGCACUCAAACUUUUGUGAGGACCAUGUCAGAAAUACAAAGGGCUCCAAGGGGAGCUCUCAAGAUCUAAAGCACCACCUCCCUUCUGAAUCGGAAUCAAAAAAGGAAUUCCUAAACAAGGCCGCAGAUUUUAUUCAGGAGCUCUCAUCACUUUUCAAAGCUCACAACUCUGAAAGAAUAAGACCCCGAACAUGCAAAAACUACAGGAGUAAGAAAGGUAGCUCUAGCCUAUCUAGCACAUCCGUAAACAGAGAAAGGCUUUCCAUUCCAGUACCUCAAGACUUGGAAAACAAAACAGAGAAAACACUUGAAGAAAUAGAUGAUCAACAGGAGGCAAACUGGGAAUCCAUCAGUCAAUUAACAAACGCAGAGCUCAAACCAGAGUCAGAAUCUACAUCUGUAUAUUCCGAUGAGCCUAUUGGACAACCACCACACUUUACUCAAAAAUUGAAGAGCAGGGAAGUUCCUGAAGGAACCAAAGUGCAAUUGGACUGCAUUGUGGUAGGGAUCCCAGCACCUGAAGUCAGGUGGUACUGUGAAGGGAAAGAAAACUCACCAGACAUUCAAAUUAUCCAGACAGGUGAUCAACACUCAUUGGUUAUUGUUGAAGCUUUUGAGGAGGAUACAGGACGUUACUCGUGCUUUGCUUCAAACAUCUAUGGAACAGACUCUACCUCUGCAGAGAUUUACAUAGAAGGAGUCUCUUCUUCUGAUUCUGAAGGUGAAAUAAUUAAAGACGAAAUGGAUCAGUAAGUUGAAAAUCAAUUACAUCUUCCAUAUCUCUUACAAUUUAGAAAUCCCACAAGCACAGACAUUUCACCUGUGUCUGUACCUAAGGAGCAGCUGCUGCUAGCUCAGCCAGCGGUGGGAAUCUGUGCAAUCCAGCAGGCUCAAAGCCCCACUAACUAUUUGCAAGGACUUGAUGGAAGACCUAUAAUUGCUGCUCCUGUAUUUACAAAGAUGUUACAGGAUAUUUCAGCUUCUGAGGGGCAGCUUGUGGUCUUUGAAUGUCGGGUGAAAGGAGCUCCUUCCCCAAAGGUUGAAUGGUAUAGAGAAGGAACACUGAUAGAAGAUUCUCCAGAUUUUAGGAUAUUACAGAAAAAACCAAGAUCUAUGGCUGAACCAGAGGAAAUUUGUACUCUUGUUAUCGCUGAAGUAUUUUCAGAAGAUUCUGGCAGUUUUACCUGUACUGCAAGCAAUAAAUACGGCACAGUAUCUAGUAUAGCUCAUCUAACUGUCAAAGCAUCUGAAGACAGUAGUAAUGCUGCUACCCUUCACACAAUGAGCUCAAUCAACUUAAUUGCUGCUGAACAUCAACCUCCCCCAUGUACUCCUUCCCAUCGUGUAGUAAAUCAAACCCCAAAACCUAAACUUGAAGGUGUUCUUGUGAACCACAAUGAACCCAGAUCAAGUUCCAAGAUAGGUCUCAGGGUGCACUUCAAGCUGCCUGAAGAUGAUAAAGGAAGUGAAUCAUCAUCAGAAGAUGGACCUGGUGCUACAAACCAAAACAGACCCAACUAUUUCCAAGAGACGAUAAAUGGACAGACAAUGAAAAUACCAGAGCCAACAUCGCCAUCCAAGGAACCCCCUCCAGUACUGGCUAAACCAAAGCUUGAUCAGACCCAGUUAAAACAGCUCCACAACCAGGUCUUGCUUGAACAACAGCAGGUGCACCAGACAUCUACAAGAGAGUUGUCAUUUAACUCAGCUUUACUGAAUUCUGCUACUUCACUUCAUCAACAGUCAACCUCGACUACAUACAAGCAAAGCAAUGCUUCUGCUUCUCAACCUUACAGCUCUACCCGACCUAAGCAACUCCCACCACCACAAACCACACCACCUACCAGCUCCUCUUCUAGCUUCUUAGUUACAACAUUCAGCAACAUCCCUCAAGGAACUCAAAGAACAAAUAACAAAGAAAAUUUUACAGGCAAUCCUCCACCUGUCCAAUCAAGGUCUUCAGGAGGGUUUACAAGCAAAACUGAACAGUCUCUACCAAGCCCUAAAGAAUCCAUGGUGCCUCCAUUAAUUCUUUCUACAUCUAGUGUAAAACAGUUUCAGCCACAAAGUGUGACUCCUGCUCCCAUCUCCCCAACUGGCCGGAUUCAGAAUCCUGUAGCUUUCCUCAGUGCUGUUCUUCCUUCACUUCCUACUGUGCCAUCAACCAAUGCUAUGGGACUGCCCAGAUCUACACCAACCACCCCAACCCAGGGAUUAAUAAAGAAAAAUCUGAAGCCUCUGCCAUUAGCAACAGAUGAUUCUAUUCGGGAAAGUAAAGCUGCACUUGUGAAGGACCUGGAAAGAAAACUCCAUUUCAGAGAGGAUGUUAAUCAACAAAGUAGUCAGCAGGAAUACAGGAUUUCAAGUUUUGAGCAGAGGCUGAUGAACGAAAUAGAAUUUCGCCUUGAACGUACCCCGGUGGAUGAAUCAGAUGAUGAAGUCCAACACGAGGAAAUCCCUACAGGCAAAUACAUAGCACCAAUAUUUGAUAAGAGACUUAAGCACUUCCGGGUAAUGGAAGGAUCUCCGAUUACAUUCACUUGCAAAAUAGUUGGAAUACCUGUUCCCAAGGUAUACUGGUUCAAGGACGGCAAGCAGAUUUCAAAGAAAAACACGCAUUUCAAAAUGAACAGAGAAGAAGAUGGAACAUGUUCUUUACAUAUUGAAGCUGCCACUAAUGACGAUGAUGGCAACUAUACAAUUAUGGCUGCAAACCCACAAGGGAGAAUCAGUUGUUCAGGCCACCUGAUGGUACAGAGUAUCCCUGUUCGGGGCCGAGUAUCAACAGUUCAGCCUCACAGAACACGAUCCCGGGUGCCAGAAGGAGACAAAGAGGCAGUUCAAGAACGCUUUUUCAGGCCAUACUUUCUACAGGCUCCAGGUGACAUGGUAGCACAUGAAGGGCGACUUUGUAGGUUGGAUUGUAAGGUGAGUGGAUUACCAACUCCAGACCUGACGUGGCUCCUAAACGGCAAACCUGUGCUACCAGACGGCACCCAUAAGAUGCUGGUCAGAGAGACUGGAGUACACUCUCUGCUUAUUGAUCCUCUCUCACAAAAUGAUGCUGGAACUUAUACUUGCCUUGCCACUAAUAAAACAGGACAAAAUUCAUUUAGUCUGGAGCUCACUGUUGUAGCAAAGGAAGUGAAAAAAGCCCCCAUGUUUUUGGAGAAGCUUCAGAACUGUGGUAUUCCUGAAGGGUACCCUGUCAGAUUAGAGUGCAGAGUUGUGGGAAUGCCACCCCCCAUAUUUUACUGGAAGAAGGAUAAUGAGACCAUCCCGUCAAACAGAGAGAGGAUGAGCAUGCAUCAAGAUACAACAGGCUAUGUCUGCCUCCUCAUUCAACCUGCCAAGAAAGCAGAUGCUGGCUGGUAUACCUUGUCUGCAAAAAAUGAAGCUGGUAUUGUCUCUUGUACUGCUAGACUUGACAUAUACGCUCAGUGGCAUCGUCAGAUUCCACAACCAAUAAAGCUUCGAUCUGGUGGCAGCCGGUAUGCAAGCCUUACUGGUCAAGGACUUGACAUUUUUUCUGCCUUCCCAACUACUGAAAGCCCUAUGCUGUUUUCAUCACCAACCCAAAAGGUGGUGGAGAGUGAAGAACUUUGAAAAACAAUUGUUCCAGUUACACCCGCAGAGAUACUAGAACUG